UUGGGAAUAUGGAGGACCUAGGAUUUCAAGAACAAAGCUCAGUGAGAUCAGGUUACGGAGCCGGAACUGCAAGCCCUGACUCUGUUACAUGCACUCUGGAAGCGAAUUUCAGCCUCUUCUCUUCGGCUUCCGCUAGUGUUGAUCGUUGCUCUUUUGCUUCUGAUGCUCAUGACCACGAUUCUCUCGCUUCCGAAAUAUCUUUACAUUUGGCAGGAGAAGAAAGUGGAGAUCAGAAUGAGAGUUCGAGUGGAUCAGAUCCAGAUCCAAACAAAGCUAUAAUAGUCCAUAAGCACAUUCGUCUCUCCAGAAAAGGAGAAAAAGUGAAGGUAAAACAGGAAGAAAAAGAUGCAGCUCAUACAAAGGACGAAACUCAACUCAGAGAUUCAGCAAGAAACUCGUUCUCUCUAGCUCUUAAAGAGUGUCAGGAUAGGAGGACUAGAUCUCACGCUUUGCUGAAGAAUCCUGAUAGGCGAAGACCAGCUUCAUUAGAUCUCAAUAAUGUCUCUGGUUUGUAUCCACGGUUGGGGGUUGUGAAGAAAACAUCUGUUGUGACUCGGAAAAUGGGUGCAUUUCCUAGUCCUGGGACACCCAAUUAUCAUCAUUACUCGAGUGUUGGGAUGCAGAAGGGUUGGAGUUCUGAGAGUGUGCCAUUACACAACAAUGGUGGGAGGCAGGGGAAUGCUGCUGGGUUGUUGGCUUUUAACAAUGGGAGGACUUUGCCUUCAAAAUGGGAAGACGCUGAGAGGUGGAUUUGUAGUCCUGUUUCUGGGGAAAAUGGUGCAAGGCAAUCUAUUGUGGCUCCGCAGAGAAGACCAAAAUCAAAGAGUGGUCCACUUGGUCCUCCAGGGAUUGCUUACUAUUCGCUGUACUCUCCUGCGUUGCAAAUGUUUGAUGGGGAACAUAUGGGAAAUUUCAUGGCUGGUUCUCCUUCUUCUGCUGGCGUAAUUGCAGCUGAUGGUUUGACAACUCAUUCUCGUAACCAUGAUGGAGAAUUUACUGCACGGACCGAGCCUUGCAUGGCCCGUUCUGUUAGCAUGCAUGGAUGCUCUGAGGUAGCAAACCCACCAUUUUUAUCUUCUCAAGAUGCAGAAGAAAAUAUUGAUGUCAUCAAGUAUGCAAGCACUGAUAUUUCUCGAACUGUCUCAAGAAGAGACAUGGCUACCCAAAUGAGCCCACAGAGUAGUACCUACUCAUCUCCCAAAGGAACGCCUUCUUUCUCUACCUCCUCCCUAUCAGCUCUGCCUAUCACGGAAAUGCCGAACAUCCAUUCCUCUAAAUCAGAACUGAGAAAUGUGCCGGUAGAUGAAAGAGCCACCAUGACUAGGUGGUCAAAGAAGCAUAGAGCUAGAAAAACAGGGAAGAGCUCAGAAAUUGUUGAUGAUUGGAGAAAGAAAGCUGUUGAUACUUGUACAUCAACAUGGGAAGUGACAGAGGCAGGAAAGAACAUUUCCAAGAUCAAAAGAGAAGAAGCCAAAAUCACUGCCUGGGAAAAUCUGCUGAAGGCAAAAGCUGAGGCAGCCAUAAGGAAACUAGAGAUGAAGCUAGAAAAAAAGAGAUCGUCAUCGAUGGAUAAGAUAAUGAAUAAUCUAAGAUCAACUCAGAAGAGGGCACAAGAAAUGAGAAGUUCGAUGCUGACCAACCAGGCCCAACAAGCAAAGACCUCGCAUAUGGCUUUAUCUUUCCGGAGAACCCGCCAGAUGGGUUUAUUGAGUGGUUGUUUCACCUGCCAUGCUUUUUAGUGCCUUAGCAAUCUGUUACUAGUUCAAUCAAACCAGAAAUGCCGGGUAUUUUCUACUUGCAAGGGUGAUUUGUUUUCGUUUUUUCCUUUUUAAAUAAUAACAAUAAAAACAUGGGAUUCUGAUAAAUGGAUUGCAUGACUGGUUAAGGGAUGCUUCUUUUCUCUUACCAGUUUGAAGAACAAGGUUCACCGGAGAUGAUGAAUAUUGUACAGGAAGCAAACUAUUUCUCCGACACCAUUUCGUGUCGCUACAGUUUUGAUUGAAUGAAGCACUGCUACCUCCAUCAGAAUUCCCAAUCAGUGCAAGACCCAAAUUGCCAUGUCCUGGGACUUCCAUCCACGGUUUCUGACUAAUACAAUCAUAUUUGCACGUUUGUAUGGAAAUCAACCUUUCAAGUAUUUAUCGUGUAUGUCUUAUAUGACAGUUUGCCAUGGAAAUGGAGAUAUCAUUUAAGUUUUUA